AUGCGGCGGGCCACACGAUCUUCGCGGCCAAGUCUGCACGCGGCAGCAUCCACCUCUCCUUCCUCCGUGCCGUGGCUCACGCCGUCCAGCUCCACCACAAGAAGUCCGCACCAGUUUGCGAAAAUGGCCACAACCCACCCCGACGACAACGGCGCCGGCGCAAUCGAGGUGCGCGAGUCCAUUGAGGCCAAAAUGGGUCACCAGGAUGAUGUCAAGAUGUCAGACGCGCCACCAGUUUCUUCCCCGAGCGCCACGACUGUCGCAGUAGCACCGGCUGCCGACGCGUCUCCGAAUCGCGACGGGGACCGCGCCGCCGAUGAUGCGCAACCAUCGAGCAAAACCACCAAUUCCACAGCCGAAAAAAUCACCAACCCUGCUGAUUCAGGUGAUCGCAUGGAUACUGAUGCCGACGGUGAUGCGGAUGCAGAUGCGGACGCAGACGCAGACGCAGACGCAGACGCAGAUGGCGAUGCAGACGCCGAUGGAGAAUUGGAUGACAACAACAGAACCGGCGGACAGACUAGUGCUCGGAAUACCCAGCGCGACAUGCUGAACCUGAUUUCGGAGACUUCAACAUACCUCUGCGAGUAUCAAGAAGACCCGGCUGACGAGUUUCCCCUCGCGGCCAAUUUUCAACGUCUCCUGAACAGGCGAUCAUUCCCGGAUUAUUUUGAGGUCAUCAAGGAGCCGGUAGCUUUCAGCACCGUUAGACAAAAAGUACUCAAGAAGGUCUAUACCGCCUUUUCCGAAUUCGUGCGCGAUGUCGCUCUCAUAUGUCACAACGCCCAAGUCUAUAACCGCCCGUCAGCUGUGGUGUUUGGCGAAGCCAUUCGACUAAGGGAGGUUUUCGUCAAAGAACUCGAAAGGCUGGUCGCAGAGAAGCAGAUAACACCCGAGGAUGCAAAACUCCCAUAUCUGGGCGAAAUCCCCGAUGCCGCCGAUGAUUCGCCUUCUCCGCCGCCUGAAGAGGAAGGCGAUGAGGAUGAGGAAGACGAGGAGGAUGACGACGACGACGACGAUGAUGAUGACGAUUCAGAUGAAGAUGGAAAGCCCCGCCGCCGAAGAAAAAACCGCUUCUCAAGGAGGGACAGAGAUGACGAUGACCACAAGAAACGUGGUCGCCCACCAAAAGUCCUCACACCCAUGGAGGCCCGCAUCCACAACUUGCUCAGGGGACUGAGGAAACCAAAGAAUGAGAACGGGACACUACGGAUCCUCAAUUUUGAGAAGCUUCCCGACAAGGCCAGCCAUCGAGAAUACUACGAUGCAAUCAGCAAUCCUGUGUCUCUAGAGUCCAUGAAAAGAAGACUGAAACGUAAGAAGUAUCACAGCUUCGACCAGGCCGUUGCGGACGUUGAGACUAUGUUUGAAAACGCAAAGCGAUGGAACCAGCCAGGAAGUGAGAUCUACCAGGACGCAGUUGAACUGCAAAAAUACACCCGCGAGCUUGCGGAGCAGGAAAGGACAAGGCCAGAUGACUCCUUUGUCGAUGACGAAGGAAAACUACCCCUGGCAGAACUCAAUCACAACGGAGAAGUUUACAAAGUUGGGGAUUGGGUGCAUUUGAGGAAUCUCAAUGACUUGUCAAAGCCCAUCGUUGCGCAAAUUUACCGUAUGUGGAAAGACAGCGCUGGGCAACAUUGGAUCAACGCAUGUUGGUACUACAGACCAGAACAAACCGUCCACCGCUACGAGAAGCAUUUCUGGGAGAACGAAGUGGUCAAGACUGGUCAAUAUCGUGACCAUCAGGUCUUGGAAAUCGUCGACAGGUGCUUUGUCAUGUUCAUCACCCGCUACCACAAAGGCCGGCCGCUUGGCUUCCCAGAAGACAAACAGGUCUACGUCUGUGAAGCGCGCUACAACGAGGAGAAAUUUACCUUCAACAAAAUCAAAACGUGGGCCAGCUGCCUCCCUGAUGAAGUGCGCGAGAAGGACUACGACAUGGAACCAUGGAAAGUACCAAAGAAGGUCAAGAAGUUCCGCAGCCCCAUAGCACAUCUCUUGAGACACGAUGCGAGCGAGAGGGAUCCGCUCCCAAAGCCUACAUGGGGAAAUCCCAAUGCUCCACCACUACUCGGAGCAGUGCAUAAACGACCCAGAGAAGAAAAUGAUUCACCUCCCCCAAGGCCAAGCCCGCCACCUGGUGCAGCUCAGCAGCCUCCGCAUAUUCAGCUAGAUCAUGUGCGAAGGGCAUCAUUUAGGGGUGAUGCUUCAGUGUCCGGGACUCCGACCGUGUCAUUCCACCACUCCCCGCAGCCUGGACCAGGCAUCCCACCUGUCCAGCCAGGCUACCCUCAGGGCUACCAAGGCCAGCGUAUGAUGCAGGUACCGCCCGCUCAAAAUCAACCUCACAUGCAGCCAAUCAACAACCAGGGGAUUCCAUCCCCAGGAACGUUCAUACCACAGACGCCGCAAACGCCGCACCACGCCCCACAGUUUCCCCAGCAGUUCGUCCCGAGUCCUGGCCACCGCCACAGUAUCCCGCCAGCAGGCCAGCAGGUGUACGACAACCGAUCCAUGGCGCCGACACCAGCAGCUCUGGCACCACGUGCGCCCAUGCCGAUGGCCCCCAGCCCGGCCCCGAUGGCGCCUCAGCAAAUGCACAUCAAUCAUGGCGUGCCGCAGCAUGGAGGACACUACAACCCGCCGCAGCCUCCUCAGGUCUACACACUACCUGAAGUAGUGGACGAGGGCAUACCUGACGACGUUCGCCAGCAGUUUCAACGGGACGAUAGCGGCCGCGUGCUCUUUUUCACCACACCUCCAGUCUACCAGCCACACCUGGGCAUCUCGGAUGAGCACGCAAACCUGGGUCACAGCGCUCGAUUCUUAGCUGACAAGAAAAGGCUGGAGGAGGAGCGGCUUCGCAAGCGAAAGGAGAGAGAUGAGGAACAGCGGAGGGCGGCGGAGGAGGCGACACGGAAGAGGAAAUUAGGUAAUGGAGACGGCGAUGCACGAACCGAAGAUGGCGGCAGAGAGGCAGUGGCUGCCCUUGGCCUCCUCACGGCUUUUGUGGAAACGAUGAAUCGCCAGACGGUCGAGCUGAACAGGGACAUGGAAGGCUGGGCGGCAGAAAAGGCAAAGUGGCAGGCCGAGCAGACGCAAGGUAUAGCCAAUGGCACCAGCAGGCAAACUAACGGGACUCACUGA